UGAUUAUUAACAAAUGGGGAAUAGCAACGAGGUUUCCAUUCAGAAGUUAUAUGAAAAAAUGUCCACAGGUGAGAACUCUUUCCUACCUCAGAUCCCGGAUGGCGUAAUGCUUAGCGUAUUUGAAAGAGAUGUAUUCUAUACACUUAAUUUCCUCAGGACCCAACCUGGCCUGAUGAUCUGGAGGUUAGGCAGAGUCAGGAAGAAGUACAAAAUCUCUCGUAAAUAAGUACAAGGAUCGGAGAAAACUCCUUGCUUUUAUGUCUAAGAACAAAGAAUAUCUCGCAAGUCCAAUCCAAGUAGACAAGGAUAUUUACUAUGCAUGCAAGUAUUGAAACGAGAAGUUCAAAGAUAACGACUUCAAGAUUGGAGGAGUCCUCUUAUACCUCAACAAACUCUAUAAAAAUGUUAAGGGAUUUGAACAUACUUCGUAUGAAUGGAAAGGCACAGGAGAAGAAUUUGUGAUGUACAUCUUCCUCAAAGAAGACUUUACAUCUGUUGAGGGCAUAAAUCCCUUCUUCAGUAACAGCAUCCAGUACUUUGGAUGCUCAUUCUCUGCCCACGAGGUUAGGAAAAGUUGUUUCAGGUUAUGAUGGACCUGCAAGCCCGAGCCAAAGGAUAAUACUCUAGCUACAAAAGGAUUAAUUUAA